AUGUCAAGAGGUAGAGCUGGGAACACUGGUCGUGCAGGAACUGCCCUGGAAGGAAAAGUACUGACAAACAAUGGCUUGGACUGUGAUGAGACUCCUGCAGACUACGAGCAGCGUUUGAAAGAACGAAUGCUGCCCGUCCUUGCAGGUUGGAUGGGUUCAUCCAAUGACUGUAUGCGAGUUGCAUGCAUGCAGGAAUUUCCUGUGCAGCCUUUGCUGCAGCAGGAGCUCCUCUCUGAGCUGCGUAGCAAAGCCUCGCAGCAAACACUGCAGAUGGCUGUCAGCAGUGCAUGGGAGGCUGAGCAACUCGUUGGCCACUGCAAUGCUGUCGUUUGGGACAGCUCCGGGUACAUCGAGCCGCCGUCCCAGGUACCCAUGGGAUCGAAAGCAUUGCGGCUCAUCCUGACAAGCGAGUCAGGUACAUUUGACUUGAUGAGUUUUCACUUGCCAUUUGUGGAUUCACCAGGGGGCAUCCGAUAUAGUGACAGCAUAAAAGAGGCUGCCAAGUUCUUGCAGCUCUCUGCGAAACCUAGCGUUGCAGGCAGAAGUUUGAUUGCCGCCGGCGAUUUCAACGUCCAAGUUGAUGAUCUCGUCAAUGGGGAGUGCAUGACUCCUUUGGCCGCCAUUCCAGACUCCGCCAUUUUCAGGGAGCAUCGUUUGUCUGUAGAUGCUUGUUUUGCUUCAGCUGUCCAGCCUGACUCCGCCAUGGAGCAGAAAGUUUCUCCACUGGUUGAGGUGGAAGGUGUGUGGAGAUCUUCGAGGGAGGAGUUCUUUGGAGCAGACGGUCGUGACGCUUUCAUUGAAAAGCAUGUUGCGAAGAACCUCCACAACGACCCGCAGCUUUGGCGUCUUAGCGAUGCCGCUGUGGCUUCGCUUGGCUGCUGGCCGUUUGCUGAGCAGGCGAAGGAGGUGUCCAGGCAAGGUGAAGUCAAACAGCACAACUGGCACCUUGAACUGGGAUGA